AUGAGCGACAAUGGACCUCAAUACAAUAGUGCCAUAUUCGUAGAGUUUGCCAGAGACUGGAAUUUCCAACAUAUAACCUCCAGCCCGAGAUAUCCACAAUCCAAUGGAUUUAUAGAGAGACAAGUACAAACUGUCAAGAACACCAUGAAGAAAGCCAAGAGAGAUAACAUAGGCGUCAACAAGGCAUUGCAAUGCCUAAGAGCCACUCCAUUGGACAGCCAUCUACCAUCUCCAGCGGAGCUGUUACUGGGGAGAAAGAUCCAAACCAACAUACUGACCAGAAUUCGGAACCAGUCACCCCAAAAAGAUGACAUCUACCAGAGACUGCAGACCAGGCAGGAUGACCAAAAAAAAUACUUUGAUGACAAGCACACUUCCCCCACUACACAAAGGACAAGAAGUCAGAGUCCAGAAUCAAGAGACUGGAAGAUGGGACAGAGGAAAAAUCACAAACAGGAGACAAGAACGAAGGUCAUAUGA